GUGCGGCUUGACGCAGCUCAUAACCGACCACCAGGCGCACCGGCAGCCCCCGUCUCUGCUGACUCAGUGCCUUAACAGCAGUCCCUUCACCCCGAGAUACAGCAGCCAGCAAACCGACGCUCACUCCUCCGGCCAACCCGCCUCCGGCACCACCAGAACACAGAAAUGGCAAAAACCGCAAUCGCUUACAAAGAGAAGAUGAAGGAGAUUUCAGUUCUCUCACUCAUCUGCUCCUGUCUGUAUCCUGAGAGCCGCAAAAACAUCAUGGGUGACUUUGAAGACAUGGACAUCAAGCCCAUUAACAAGCGCGCCUCAGGCCAGGCCUUCGAGGUCAUCCUGAAGCCGCCCUCCCCUGUGUCUGAUGUGGCCCACUGCGUCACCAACCCCCCAAAGAGGGACAUUUCCCUGGAGGACAUCCAGAAGAAACUGGAGGCGGCUGAGGACCGAAGGAGAUCCCAGGAGGCGCAGGUACUUCGGACCCUGGCUGAGAAACGGGAGCACGAGCGCGACGUGCUGCUGAAGGCCAUGGAGGAGAACAGCAACUUCAGCCGCAUGGCCGAGGAGAAGCUCCAGCUGAAGAUGGAGCAGAUCGAGGAGAACCGGAUGGCCUACCUGGCCGCCAUGAUGGAGCGCCUGCAGGAGAAGGAGAAGCAUGCUCAGGAGGUGCGCAGGAACAAGGAGUUGAGAGAAGAAGUGACAGCGUGAGAAGCCCCAACAGGUUCUACGUCCCACCUCCUCACCCUCUACCACCACCCCCAACCCUGAGGAACACUCCUUCCUCCUCUUCUCCUCCUUCCUCCAACCUUAUCCCACAUUCCCCCACCUCUCCACCUUCCCCC